GGCGGCGUACGAACGGUGCGGUGACAUGGCAAGCUGGCGUUGGGCCGGGGACUGACGCGUCCCGCCGACAGCCUCAGCCGCAGGGUCGGGAGCGUCGCGUCGUCGGGCGCGACAUCGGCGUCCGUCUCCUGCGGGGUUCCAAGACGCCGCUGGGACGCGGCCCUGUCAUCGCCACCGGCUCGCUGAGCGCAAGCGGUGGCGAGCUGCUUUCGGUGCUGCAGAAACAUGGCUUCGUCGGCAGCCAGGCCUAACAUGGGCGUCGGUUCGAGCGAGCCGCAGCAGUGCUCCUCCGAGCCCGAAGAGGAAGCCAGUCCGACGUCGGCCGCUGGUGCUGAGGGCUCCUCCCAGCAGCAGGACGAACAGCAACAGCAGCAGCAACAACAACAGCAACAGCCGGAGUACGAGACAGGCCACGGCCACUACUUCACCAAGCGGACUUUCCACAAGCCCACGUACUGCCAUCACUGCACCGAUAUGCUCUGGGGACUCAUAGGUCAAGGGUACAUUUGCGAAGUUUGUAAUUUUGUAGUUCACGACAGAUGCCUCAAGACUGUGGUUUCUCCUUGUUCAACUAUUGCAAUCAAUGUAAUCAAAAACCCAGUGCCCCACUGCUGGACGGAAGCAGGCCACCUCAAAAGAAAAUUUUGCAAUGUCUGCAGGAAACGAAUCGAAGACAACUGCGCAGUUAGGUGUGAAGUUUGUGAAUACUGUGUGCAUUUGGAGUGCCAAGACUUCAGCGUUGCAGACUGCAAACAAUGUGCUACCUAUGCUCCAAGUAGAAAUAAACCGUCGGUGAUGCAGUUCCACCACUGGCGGGAAGGCAACUUACCCGCUAAUUCCAAGUGCCAGCUGUGUAAGAAGACCUGCUGGUCGGCCGAGUGUCUGGCCGGUAUGCGAUGCGAGUGGUGCGGCGUCACGGCGCACGCCACCUGCUACCGGACCCUAUCCCAGGAGUGCAACUUCGGCGUCCUGGAGAGCAUCAUGCUUCCUCCGGCGGCCGUCAGCAUUCCGCGCACGGACGUUCCCUUGGAAACCAUCAUCGGAGUGGAGAUGCGCAGGAGGGAGACACUAGCGCGGGCCACUUACCCCAGCAUAGGCAAAAGCAUAUCGGAGGAGUUCUCAUCGACAGGGGACCUCAAAAGCAAAGAAUUUGAUGAUUAUCCGUCACCAAAAGAAAAAGAUAAAGAUGAAGAAAUAAUCAAAGUAUACGACGGUAAUGCCUCCAUGAAGAGAAGGAUGUUUAGGACAAUCACUGUAUCACGCAAUGCAACUAGGGAACAAAUCAUCGGUGCUGCAUUGCGAGCAUUCCAUAUAUCUGGAGAUCCAAAGCACUACUACAUAACCGAUGUGUACGACCCAAACGAGAAAGAACUGGGCGACUUCAUGCCGGUGCAAAGCCUGACACGGAGGGAAGGGAAGCGGCCUGCCAUUUUCCUCAGGUAUCGACCUCCCAACCCGGACCAGGGAUACGUCAAGGUCUUCCCCGGAAAGCUCAGGUCUGCGGACAUUUACCGCGUGAUUCCAGUGACAAGUGACACGAGUGUAGAAGAAAUUAUGAUCCAAGCUCUCGAAAAAUUCGGACUGGACUCUUCGGACAUCAACAAGUUUAGGCUAUCCGAAGUCACGCUAGACAAAGGAUCUGUUCAUGAAAGAGUGAUGGACAAUCAAGAAGGUCCUUGGGUGUUGCUUAAAAAUAUUGCCAGAGAGUCAAUACGGCAGAAAGACCUGACCAGGUUCUACCUCCAGCAAAAAGAGGAUUGUUACAGCUCUAGCGUUGCCCUUUUCGUUGGAAACCUUCCACCAAAUCUAUCCCAGAGGCAGUACGAGAAAAUUUUAGUAGACCUUUUAGGAAAACCUUAUAAAUUCAAGCAGAUAGGUCCAAUUUACUACGAGUACGGUUCCCUGAUCAUCACCUACGACAAUGCUGACAUAGCAGUGAAGGCUUUUUACAUGCUGAGGGAGUCGAGCUUCGAAGACAAAAACCUUCUUGUCCUACUCCUGCCCAACACCAUCCCAGAGAUGAUCCCCGAAGGUGUCAGGCCGUUACUGGUAUUCGUGAACGUGAAGAGUGGAGGAUGCCAAGGCCUGGAACUCAUCACAUCCUUUCGUAAAAUGCUGAACCCUUACCAAGUAUAUGAUUUGGAGAAUAGUGGACCGUUACCUGGGCUGUACGUGUUUCGGCACGUGCGCGACUACAAGAUCCUGGUGUGCGGCGGCGACGGCACCGUCGGCUGGGUGCUCCAGUGCCUGGACAACGUUGGCCAGGAUUCCGAGUGCCAGUCCCCGCCGUGCGCCAUCGUGCCGCUGGGCACGGGCAAUGACCUGGCGCGAGUGCUGCGCUGGGGACCCGGCUACACUGGUGGCGAGGACCCCCUCACUCUGCUCAAGGACGUCAUCGACGCCGAGGAGAUUCGUUUGGACAGGUGGACGGUGGUCUUCCACUCGGAUGAAAAGCCGGAGGAGAAGCCCGGCUCACUCACAAACAGCUCGGGCUCCACGUCCGAGGACAACACGGCCAUAUUCGUCAUGAACAACUACUUUGGCAUCGGCAUCGACGCAGACCUUUGCCUCGACUUCCACAACGCUCGAGAAGAGAACCCCAACAAGUUCAACAGCAGACUUCACAACAAGGGCGUGUACGUGAAGAUGGGUCUCCGCAAAAUGGUGAGCAGGAAGACCUGGAAGGAUCUGCACAAAGAAAUCCGUCUUGAGGUGGACGGAAAAGUGAUCGACCUACCCCCUGUAGAGGGUAUCAUUAUUCUCAACAUUCUCAGUUGGGGUUCCGGUGCUAACCCCUGGGGGCCCGAGAAGGAGGACAUGUUCUCGAAACCGACGCACUACGACGGUAUGCUCGAGAUCGUCGGCGUCACUGGGGUCGUCCACAUGGGCCAGAUCCAGAGCGGGCUGCGCAGCGCCAUCCGCAUCGCGCAGGGGGGACACUUGCGGAUACGGCUAAACACAGAAAUGCCCGUUCAAGUAGACGGUGAGCCUUGGAUUCAGGGGCCCGGCGAAGUCGUCGUGCUCCGAUCGGCCUUGAAGGCCACCAUGCUCAGGAAAAGCAAGAUGAAGCGACGCAACACGGAGCCCAUGCUGGCCUCGUCGAGCGGCGAGAAGUCCUCCGAAGACUGACGAGGCGGGCAGCGGCCCCGGCACAAGACGACGACGACGGCGUCAUCAGCGGCGGUAGCCACCACCAACGCCGGAGUGGCGGCGGCGACGAGCGCCGCAGUGCAGCCGCCGCCGCCGCAGCAUCAGAGUCAGUGGGGGCGAUCCCGCCGUGGUGGCGGAGAAGCCAGUGGCCGGAGGCAUCGGCGCCGACGCGACGCGAACCCGGUCGCCCACGGCGUGGUGCUGGCGUUCUUGCACGCCUGCUGCUGCGGCGCCGCAUACCUGCUCGGACCGAGAGAACAGCAACGCUCUCCGCGCGACGACGGCUGAUGGCCGCCGGACUCUCUUUUACACAUCUUUCCCUCUCUCUCUCUCUCCGAAUAGUGAGGAGGGAGAGGGGUGACCGAGGUUGUGAAGGGAGAGGGACGAUGCACGGGAACCCGCUGACGCCGUAUCGCCGCCGCCGCCGAUUGAAAAUAACGGCCCAUGUCGAGCUCCUGUCGAUGCUGCUUCGCUUUGACCCCCUGCGCGCGGGGACAGCCGUGCGCUUCUCCGUCGCUGAGAGCUCGCAACGUGAGACGACGGAAGGAGAGACGCCGCCGCUCACAUGUUUCUCACUCUCUUUCCUCAAAUCUGUUCUCGGUCUUAUUCUCGGCCUUGUUUGUACGACGAGGACGAUUUCAGUCUUGUCGAGCAACCCCCGCCACGCAGCCUCACUCACUACGACGACAACGCAAGGCUUGCUGGAACCCGUCUCGGUUUCUUGUACAGGCGGCCGCCGCACGAGCGCCUUCUUUCUCUUUCUCGGCUCCCGAAAAACCCCCACGGUUUUGCACUGAGAACGACGACCCACUUGUCUAUGGGCCACAGCCGCGCCUUCCUCUUCCGGCGCGCAGAGGGGAAGUGCCGGCGUGCGUGCGCACUGUUGUUCUUUAGGGCGCGGCGCAAUAUGUGUGUGACUGUGUAGCGUGUGUGCCUGUGUGUGUGUGUGUGCGUGUGCGGGUAAACGCUGCAUAGCCGGCGUAGCAUGUCUCUAUAGCGUCGACACAUUUUAGGCUUGUUCCUAUUACGGCGCGCGGCGCGAGCAGCCUCGGUCGUUUGUAGAUUCCACCCCGCCAUCUUCGAAAAGAUCACGCGCCGCACAACAAGGAAGUCGUGCACGAAUCCUCAAAGCGACUCCGACCCCCGCACUGGUUUGGUUCCAUUUCCAGUACUUAGCCACACUGAUCGAAGAACCAGCAAUGUCCGCACUGACGAGCAGUAAGAGUGUCGCGUUCUCGCGUUUUCGACACAUUUAGACGAGACUCUUGCUGUCUCAGUUGACCUUCGUGCAUACUCCCAUUAUUUUUAACGCAGAAAGGCCAAAUGGGCGCAACAAAUCAUCAGACGACAGCGCCAUUACUUGGGAGUCUUUUUAAUAGCUUCUUUUCUUCCGUUUCUUUCGUUCGGGCUGGCAGUCGUGGGUUGAAUAGUCAGGGAGAGUGGAGUGUAGCCCUUAAACUGCUCACUUUAGAUGGCCGCGAGGCUUUUUUAGGAGGCAUGUCCCAAAGGAACACCACUCUAUACGUGUCCUCAGGUGCUAAGUUACAAGUAAGCGGCGCUUGGCGUGUGAGCGAUCCUUGCCGUUGCAACAAUCUCGCCUCUCUAGUGAAGUCGUGAGAAUCUAAACCUUGCGAUGCGACGGCCGAGCCUGCCUUCCACCAAUUUGUUCUUUAUUGGACAGCUUUUGUUUUUGUGUUUUUUUCUUUUCUAACUCAUCAUCUUAAUUUGGCUGGAGAAAGCGCGACGUACCGAUCCUAAGCGCGGGUUUCCCAGCCUCCGAACCCUCGACCAACCGGAAGAAUUGCGCAUUAAUCUAAAUACUCAUUUCUCUGUCCAUUGUUUCCCUUUCUUUACGGGUGUGGUUAAACUUCCGGAUACUUUCUGUCGGCGUUCGCUGCCAGACGCUUGAAUCGGCGAACAAGGCGAAUUAUUAAAGUACAAGAAAAUCGUGAUAGGAGCGUAGAAAAGACAAACGGAUCCGUUCCAUCUUCCUUUUUUAUUGUUUUUCGAACAUGUCGCGAAGCUAGUCUUAGUUAGCGGGUAGGCGACUGGACUUUAUGGAUUCUACGUGGCGUAGUGUGGUUAACGCGCCGUUUAGUCACAGAGCAUAGCCUUCCGAUGGUUUUUCCGAUACAAUAGUUUAUAAAAACUACAAGGUUGUACACACUUGAGUCCCCCCUGUCGUUACAUAUUGACCGGUGACGAAUCCCGUGGAUCAUCUUCGCGAGUGGUCGAACUGUCAGUCUCUGCGAAGCACCGGUUGACACGACCGUGGCCUGCGAGAUUGGCUCCAGCAGCGCGCCGUUCGCGCUGCCGGAGCAAAUCCCGGAGGCCACGGCACGACGCUCGUCAUUAGUGUCCGCCCGCUGGGGCACGUGGUUAACUGUCCUGGUUUCCCAGAGUCGAGAAACUGCGUUUCGUCGUUCCCCCUUGCUCUUAUUUUAUUUCGAACGACCGGCGCUGUACUUAACCUCCUAGUGACGCUAGUAUUAGUUGCGUACCUAGUACAGGCUGUAGAUAUACCUUUGUAUACAGGGCGUUUCCAGCAACUGCGCUAAAUACUAGUUUUCGAUUGGACCAUGUUUUGCCUACGCUGUUGAGUCGUUAUAACGAACAGCCUCAAAGAACACUAAGCUUUUUUUUUUUUUCAGAUUGACAUGUUAUAUUAGUCAUAUAAUUAGCCAUCCGUACUGCAAAGAAGCAAUACCCUAAGCUUACAGCCGAGUGCACAGUUAAUGACUCCAAGAACAUGCAUGAUUUCUUCACGGCAGGGCAAAAGAAAGAGUACGUUCGGAGCUAGCAUUAUGGAGUGAAAAAAAAAGGGCGACUGGGAGGUCUCAUUAUGCUAUCAGUUGCCGCCUCAAUAAAUCCAAUGGAGUACAUGUUUCUUCGAAUGGAUAUACGUAGCGAAGAAACGCCCUGUAUACAGAGUCUAUAGAAUAAGAAGAGAGAGGAGAAAAAAAGAGCUGUAUGAAAUGCAUCGUAUACAUAUAUAAAUAAAUGAAAGAAUAACACGGCGGGACGACUCGACGAACAGUGAUGACGUCAUAUUUUACACGGUAGGCACUCGACACACUCACACAUAAGCCUUGCGUUUUUUCAGGUGCUGCGCGAGUGACAUUGUCCCGUGUGGUUCGUGCGCCCACCCACCGCUUUGGAGCUCCAAGCAUGUACAUACAUUGCGCGUCCCCUCUUACAUAGAGCGUACGACACUGCGUUUUUUUUUCUUUUUUGAAAUUGUGCGUGCCCCAGGCGUUGUAGCUAUGUACCGAGUGCGGACAUUCACACACAUUUUUGUUCUGGUGUCGUUAAAUUAGUUAACGUCGCACCGUUAAUUUAGCGCGACGUGAAGUGCGUGUAGGGCGUGCGAAUGAAUGAUAAAAGAAAGAAAAAAGGAAGACGCGGUCUGUAUAGACUGUAUAGACUUUUGACGUUCUUGUUCAACAUUUCUCUUUUUCUUUUUUUUCUCUAUAGGAAUACGUUAAUAAUCGAUUAUGCAAACACAUACGAGUGCUAACGUUUGUUCGCGUAUUAACGUGUGUGGCGUAAAUUUUAACGGCAAUGCUGCGUUGCAAAUAAAAACGGGGCUUGCUUGCCUGAAAGAGUCUUUCGAGUAGUUUUGAAUGGCCCGCGCCUAAUAUCGGCCCCUCUGUAGCUACGCUGUACUGUGAGACUUUUCUUUUUUUCGAGCUGCGAAUUGUUGGUGUUUCAUUGCCAGAAUUUCAGUUUAGUUUGCGUCCGGUGAACGUCCCUGUUAGGGCAAUCUUGUUUUUGAUAUCGCUGCCUAUAUGCGUUAUCCAAUAAGACAGUGAUAGGCACAGAAAUUGGCCUAUCUGUGACGGCAACCGUGGACUGCUCCAAGAUGUUCAAACAAUCUUAUGUUACGUUCGCUUGAACGCUUCUAAACGCUCGCACACUGUUGUGAAGCGAUUUCACUUGUUUUUCGUAAUAUUUAUGCCGAAUUAUCGAGUAUAAAGGAAUCAAUAUCGUAAGCGACAUCCCAGAAAUUGUACAGAAAUAAUUAACUCUAUAUUUAGUGAUUCAGUAGCGGAAUACCUUAUGUACAUACUGUGUGUUAAACUGGCUGUGUGUUAAACCCUGACUAAGUUAUCUUUUAGUCAGCGCCCUGACAGCCUCGGUAUUCGCAUCGACCUGUAUUCGCAAAAUUCUUGCCUUUUUACGCUUAAUUCAAUCUAACACAACAGCACAUGUAAUAACUUCUAACCGUGGGUCUUGAGGUUGGCCAUCCGCUGCGGACAUGCCAACUCUCAGCAAAAUCAAAACUUCAUGUGCUAUUAACUAUUAAUCACCAAGAAUGAGACGUCAGCUUAAUUAAGGGGUGACCCCUCGUUUUCCCCAUGGAUCGCAUUUAGAAAACACCGAGAGAUGACGUUUCAAAAACACUAUCGGCUUCUGCGGCGUCCAGUUUUUCAACUGCGGGACUUGGCCGUUUGAAUGCAAUGAACUGGAGUGUUUAAGUGCUGCUGAUACCUGUCGUUUGUUAUGCGCAGGUCUAAGCCGCCAAGCGUUCUAUAUAGGUUCGUGGUUUUUUUCUCAACUCACUGUUUUGUAGUCACGAAGGUCACGCUAUUUGCAUUCCUUUAGCCGUGGUAUAGUUGGUUUGGUUCAGUUUUUGUUUCCGUUUAGUGAUGACACGUACGUACCUCGAGGGAUCGGCCAUGCAUCGGAUGGAGUUGGAAGAAAAUAGUUUUUAGUUCCGACUAAAGAGCAAAUGGUAAUCAUACUACUCAACUUCGUCCUCAAUAUCCUCGGUUCUCACGAAGCCCCAUGAGCGCAACAGUGAAGUAGAAUUAUCAAGAUCGUAGAAACAAAGUGUUUUCAAACCGUAACGUAAGCGAAACCAUUCGUUGCUGUCUCAGAGAUAAUUUUUUUGUUUGACGAGAACGGCGCAAUGCACGACACCUCGACGCUCAUUUCGGCCCUUUGUGAAAGCAGGUGUUUAAGAAACAGGUUCAGUAAUGAUGGUGGGAUGAUGUUCUAUCACCACAGCAGGCGAUUGACUCGAUGCGUCCAAACUAGGAUUACGUUUUGACUGCGACUGUACUCGCAGCUUCGGUGGAAAAAGAAUAUAGCGCUUGUUAAAGCGUAGCACUUCGACGUUAAGUUAAAAACAAAAUCGUUAUGAGUUUCUUUCUUGCAUUGGGAACUAGUGCAAGCACGACAUACAAAUCACGAAACAGGAGCACUUUGAUUCUGCUAAGCGAGAGUUGUCGAAGAAAAAAAAAGGAAUGCAGUUUUUGAAACUGUGCAUGUGGUAUGCUAAACACGCCGCUUUUAGUCGGAUACGUGCGAUCUCAGGAUUCAUCUUAACGAACUAUAUCCGCGCCAACAUCAACACGUUACUUCGACGUGUUUUUCUGUGUCGGUUCUCCGUCAAAUUCUUUUCUCGUAUUGCAGUCAGCUACGACACUUAUUUUAAAGAAAGGUUUAAGCGCCACUUUUACUUGCGUACUUCACAGGGAUUUUUUUUUUUGUUUAGUCGUGUUGCAUAGCGAUUAUGAUUUUCUAUCUCAACUCCAGAAACAUUCCUCGCACAGCCACUUGACAAUAUUCAGGGAUGCUGCGUGCUUGUUACGGUAUCUUGGUUCACGGUAUGGCUUUACCGCAUUACGUAGGCGGGGAAGCCACCUUGCAAGAAAGAAGGAAGCGUCUUGAGACCAAGAGGGUUUUAAACCCCCUUGCUUGAGGCGACAAUUAAAGCCGACCACGUAUGGCGCUCAAAGGGAGGCGCGCUUACAGUUCGGCCGACGUUUCGGAUACAACUCCGCCUCCGUUGGAAACCGCUCUUUCGCGAUAACGCUUUUCUUUUCCGCUUUCAUACUUUGUUAAAUUUUCUUUCCCGCUGAGGACAUCACGUGUGCAUGCCUUUCAGGCGUAGCGCGCGCGACAAAGGCGUCGCGACAGUGUGCCUGUGUGAGUGUGGCGGCCAUUUUGUUCUUUGAUUUACCUCCUCUCCCUUAUCUCUCUAUCUGCAUGCAUGCGCGCGUGUGCCUGUUGCGUGUGUGUGAGCUACUACUGCGUGCGUGUGUAUAUCACCCGAUCGAGGGGCUUGUACAUAGCAGUCUAUACAUAAAAAAAAACACUACCUAUUUGUAUAGCUAGGGUGUUUUCUUAUCUAUAUCGAGUUUGGAUCUUGUGCACCUGACGAAGACGAUGAAGAAGCGGUGACAGCGGACGCGACGCAGGAAAGAAAGAAAGGAAUUGAGAAAGAGAAAAAAAAAAUGUCGCUCGCCGAGCCACCUACACCAUUCCUUUUUGACUCUAGGUUUAUAUGCUUUGUAGAGUCUCUUUCCGAUAGUCUCGCCAGGCGUCACGUUAUAGGCAGUCAUGUGCAAUGCACAAUGUGAAUAUAUUAUACUUGAUAAUUGAUGUUCCGACAGAUAAUACAGAUGACGCGAUUGUACCGCGCUGUGGAGAGAGGAAGGAAGAAACUGGUGACGUCACGUGCAGAGGCAGUCAGUCUUUGUGGUUUAAUCGCUCUCUUCAACGACGGUGGUGGUUGCAUUUUUCGAUGCCAGGGUCGAGCGCGAACCUUGGACGCGGAGGGGAAGAUUUUAAAACGAGAAGGUACGAAGUACAGUUCUUCACGCCGUAGGUAUUACUACACAUUACUGCAGUUUAAAAAAAAAACGCGAUCAGUGGCAGGCAAGUAGCUAUGUUUUCAAAGCGAGGCCUCUGUAGCGCCGGUCCAUCGCGGAUGACGCACUCCUAAUGGAAAAAAAAUCCCGGCAUACACAAGACUAUGUUUCGGUGCAAAUUGUAUAGUAUGUGUUUUUUCUUCCGAUUUUUCGUUUUUUUUUCUUUUUCAUGCUCGAGUGUCCAUACGAAGGUUCUACUUGUAGUGUGCGUAAAGAGAGAUUUUGGUUGCUAUCUUCUCGAAUAAAGAGAAACAACAAAAAAAGAUUAAAGCUCUGCAGAUGUAA